AUGAAUCAAGAGAAAACAGUUGAGGAACCAUUACUUAGUUAAGCCAAGAUGAAUGAAUACAAGGAGAGGGAAUUCAGAGAAUAUUUGGUCAAUCAGGAUGUUACACUUGCGAUUGUUAAAUUUCUUCUUGCUUUGAGGAAUGCACCAAACAAGCCUGACUCUCCCAGUCAAGCACUCAUUGAUUAUUUCAGCAUACACAAGGAUACAAGGGCUCAUGAAGAAUUCGAAAAACUGAGAAGUGAUGUUGAACAAUUAGAGCAAGAGAAUAGUCAAUUGGCAAGGGAGGUUGAUUCAAUAAAGGAGCAGAUCGUAUAGUAGAAAUUAGAAAAACAGCGUAGAGAAGAAGAGGAAAGAGUGCGUUAGGAAGAGGAGGCGAAAAAGAAUACAAAGAAACCUGCAAAAAAAUGAUUAAUGCAUUUAUUGUUAUAUAAAUAUUAAUAUUUUUGAAUUCAAAUAAA